AGGGUAUUCCGGGAGGAGCUACGCAGAUGGAAUUCCCUCUUCGCCUUCACCAGCAUCAAGUUCAACCACGACAAUCGAACGGGUGAGAUUGGAGGUACCUUCCAACUCUUUCAGGUGCAUGGGGCGCUUUAUCAUAGGCAGGCACCGCUGGUACCUGGUAGGGAUCUGGAAGCCAACUUCUCCCAGAUGUACCUCUAUGAUCCUGCAUUCGCGGUGCAGUUGAGAUCACGCCGUGCACCUGAACUGAACCCUGAUCUCAUCCAUUCCUUGACCUUGAUGCUGCAGGAGUCCAAUCCCUUAAUCCAAUAUUACCUUACGGCCAGUGAGCUGUUUGCAACACUUGCACAUUCGGAGGACAACUUCAGAAUUCUCCUUAAUUCUCAACUUCGUCUGGUUGAGGAGAGAGGAGCCGAUCCAAGACGCGAGAACCUACCAACAGCAGAUGAAGUCGCUAUGAUUCUGCCUGAGGAAUACGAAAGCGGGGGCUUCAGAGAUAUUGUCCUGGCGAGGAGUAUGAAUGGAGAAGAUGGGCCCAACUCAUGGUCACUCAUCAACCCCAAUCAUCCCUCCUACCGUCCCCGCCACUACGUUCUCCUCUUUCCAUACGGAGAACCCGGAUGGCAUUGGGGAAGGUCACGCAAUAAUAGAGAGGGUGAACGUCCGGACAAGAGCCUCCACCAGCGGGCUUUCUACAGGUACAGGUUGCAUACCAGACUCGAUGAGCCGACCACUCUCUUCCGGGUGCAGAGGCUAUUUCAGCAGUUUGUGGUGGAUGCUUGGGCUGUGUGCGAUCAGAACAAACUUGCUUGGCUCCGUUCCCACCAGAAGGAACUCCGUGCAGAUCUCUACAAUGGUCUUGCCGAUGUUCUGGAUGAUGGGGAUGUUGAUCUCGCGCAGGUGGGAAGGAGGGUGGUUCUACCGUCCAGUUAUGUGGGAGGUGACAGGUUUAUGCAGAAGCUGUACCAAGACAGCAUACCGAUUGUGCGCCGCUUUGGCAAGCCGUCACUAUUCAUAACCUUCACCGCUAACCCCAAGUGGGGGGAGAUUGAGCGUGAGCUGCUACCACUACAAACCGCAGCUGAUCGACCCGACCUCGUAGCUCGCGUCUUCAAUCUCCAGGUACGAGAGCUCCUGUACCAAAUCCGCCAUGACGAAAUCUUUGGUCCUUGGCUUGGCGGUGUUUGGACGAUCGAGUACCAGAAGCGGGGACUUCCACAUUUGCACCUCCUGGUGUUUCUCAAGACGGAUCACCAGUUCCUGACACCAGCCAAUAUUGAUAGGUUCAUCAGUGCUGAAAUUCCCUGUGGCGGUGAUCCAACAAGUCAGGAAUUGAGGGGUAUCAUCCAGUCAACGAUGGUACACUCUCACUGUGCUGGAGGGAAUGGGUAGGCUGCCUGCAUGCAGGGCCUGGAUCCAUUAUCCAAUCUGCCCUGCCGCAAGGGCUAUCCACGUCCAUUUCAGGAGGAGACCAUCAUCACUGCGGAUGGCUAUCCCACCUACCGGAGGAGGGAUACAGGGCAGUCCUUCACAGUGGCGGUCCGGAGAAGGGGUGGAGAUGUUACAGCUGUCAUGGACAAUCGGAGGAUAGUACCCUACAGUCCCUACCUCUCACUCCGCUACAAGGCACACAUCAAUGUGGAGGUGUGCGGGUCAGUCAAGGCUGUCAAGUACAUUCAUAAGUACAUUUACAAGGGCGGAGAUUGUGCCACUGCUGUUCUGGAGACCGAAAACGAUGAAAUCAAACAGUAUCUUCACGGACGGUAUAUAGGUCCCACGGAGGCAGUGUGGCGGCUGUUUGAAUUCAAAACCCAUGAACAGCAGCCAGCCGUGCAGCAACUCGCCCUACACCUUCCAGGCCACCAGCCAGUCUACUUCUCAGAGGGAGUAGAUCCAGCCAACAUUCGCCGGGAUAUGGAGGCUAGACUCUCAACCCUGAUGGCAUACUUUAAGUACAAUGCUGAGAACGAAGACGGAAGGCAGUACUUGUACCAUGAAUUCCCAGAGCACUACGUCUACACUAGGGAAAGGGUAUGGAAGCCCCGGAGCCAGCGGUUUGCGAUCGGCCGCAUGUACUCUGCCAACCCUCUCAUGGGUGAGCGGUACUACCUCCGCCUGCUCCUGACGGUAGUACGUGGUGCUAGAAGCUUUGAGGACCUGCGGACGGUGGAUGAGGUAAUCCAUCCAACCUUCAAGGGUGCUUGUAGGGCACUACGGCUCUUGGAGGAUGAUGGGGAGUGGGUAUCACUGUUCCGUGAUAGUCGGGAGUUCAUGACUGGCAGGGCAUUGCGAUAUCUCUUUGCGCUUGCCCUGCAACACACCACCAUCACGGACCCACUCAGGAUCUGGGAGGAGUUUGGGGAGAGUUUCUGCGAUGACCUCCGGAACCUGCUCGUGACAGGUAGGGUUGUGGUACCGGCUGGUGGGAUGGGUAUGGGGGCAGGCCUGGAGCUCGACUAUGGGCUCUACCAUAUUCAGGAACUCAUCACUGAAUAUAGUAAGCACAUGGCGGAUUUCGGCCUGCCACAGCCGGUAUUGGACUGG